GGUGAUGCCAUUCGGCCUCACCAAUGCACCCGCCACCUUCUAGAGGGCGAUGAACGACAUCUUCAGGGACAUCCUGGAGCAGUACGUUCUCGUCUACCUCGACGAUAUCCUGGUCUACAUUCAUACCCUUGAGGAGCACCUCAGGCACCUUCGCGACGUUCUUGACCGCUUGCGCAGACAUGGCUUCUACGCCAAGCUGAGCAAGUGCCGCUUUGCCCAGCACAAAGUGAAUUUCUUAGGACACUACGUGUCUGACCGGGGUCUCUACAUGGACGACGCGAAGAUCACUGCUAUUGCAGAGUGGCCCGCCCCCACAUCCGCCAAGCAGCUUCGCAGCUUCCUAGGCCUGACCAGCUACUAUAGUAACUUUAGCCGGGGAUACGCUAGGUAUUCCUAUGUCCUUACCUCCACCCUCCUCCGGAAGAACCCACCCUGGGCUUGGACACCCCUCCCUGAGGACGCCUUCCGCGCCCUCAAGAAGGCGGUAACAUGCGAACCGGUUCUUCACCUACCCGAUUUUGAUCGCCCUUUUAUCCUUACCACCGAUGCGUCAGACUUUGCUGUAGGAGCAGUGCUUUCUCAAGUCUUCCCCUACUCUCCUGAUUCCUCUCAUCCUCGUAUCCCUCGCUUCCCACCACCUACCCCUACCACUGCUUCUCGACUGACGCCUACUCGUCCAGCUACUGACGAGCCCUCUAUUGACUAUUCUCCUACCAUCGCCGAGGACGACACUAUCGAGUCUCGCUCAGGUGAUUGUCUGAUAGCCUUCUACUUCCGUCAGCUCCUGCCCGCCGAGAUAAACUACACUGCUGAUGAACAUGAGGUUCUCGUAGUAGUUUAUGCCGCUCGGCACUGGCGUCACUACUUGCACGGGGCACCAUUCACGGUGCGCACGGACAACUCUGUUGUUCAGGCUUUUCUUACAAAGCCGAAGAUCACUCCUCGACAGGCUCGCUGGUGGCGCGACCUAUCCGAGUUUAGUUUCACCACUGAGCACAUCAAGGGUGAGACUAAUCGGGUCGCAGAUGCCUUAUCCUGUUGCCCUGACCACGACCAAGAGCACAUCCAACUCUCUUCCAUCUCGGUCACCACCGUCCACCACUCGGUGAUCGACGAGUUUCGCACUCAGUACCGCCACUGCCCCGACUAUCGCGACAUCCACGCGACCCUUCGGAGUGGCAAGACCAUCUCGAACUACUCUCUCGGGGACAACGGUCUUGUGUACUGGCACGGUUAACAGGGCACCAGAGAGCCCCGUAUUUGCGUUCCCUCCACUGGACAUCUACGUGUCAGAGCAGUAGCAGAGUUCCAUGAC